AUGGAAUUCGGGUUCGGACCAGCUUUAGGGUCAAAAGCAGAGGUUUCCUCGCAAGAGGGGCUUGGAGUUGUUGGUAUGGAUUCUGAGUCUGAUUUAGAGGGAUUCGAGAUUAGUGAUGGUGAAUUAUCAAGCAACUUAUCUUUGUUUGAUAUUGAUUUUGAUGAAUUUGGUAAAACCAAGGCUAGAGUUGUGGAACGCAAGAAUAGAAUGAGCUUAGUGGAGCUUUUAGAUGAAAGUUCAGUAGUCCCCAUAAUAGUAUAUGAUAAGAGAGGGGCUGCAGCAGUUGUGGCUAGUAAGGAGGUUGAUAUAGAGGAGACGUUGCAGUGCAAAGCUUUGGUUAUUGUAAAGGAUACUAAUGCAGUGAUUGCUGGAUUGGCGGCUUUGUUUUAUAGAUAUCCCUCUUACAGUAUCCAGUCAUCGAAAACAUUGGAGUCAACUAACACAACCCCAGAUGCUGUUUUGGUUCAGAAGUUGAUGGUGAUGGUAAAGGUGGUGCAUAAUGGCACAGAGGCAUUGGUUAUGAAGUCUUCUCGUGGAUUGGCAUUAGGAAGGGAUGAUGAGGUUAAUUUUGAUAUUGCGGUUUUCACAAAUUUAACUAGGGAUCAUUUGGAUUUUCACGGGACUGAGGAGGAAUAUAAGGAUGCCAAGGCCAAACUCUUUUUGAAGAUGGUGGAUCCAGAACGCCAUCACAAAGUUGUUAAUAUCACGACCUCAAUGCAGCUUUCUUUUGUACAAGAGAAUCCUGAUGUAGCUGUUGUGAUCUUUGCAGUGGAGAAUAAGAAGGCUAAUAUUCAUCCUUUGAAGUUGGAAUCAUCUCUAUUCGAGAUACAUGGUUUGGUCAGUAUACCUCAAGGUAUAUUAGAAGUUCCAUUGGGCCUGCUUGGGAAGCACAAUAUUUACAAAAUUUUGGCUGCUGUAGCUGUAGGAAUUGCGGUUGGGGCCCCUUUAGAAGACAUUGUUAGAGGAACUAAAGAGGUUGAUGCUGUACCAAGUAGGUGUGAGUUGAUUGAUGAGGAACAAACUUUUGGAGUAAUCAUGGACUCUACUCCUACGCCCGAGGCAUUGUCCAGAAUUCUUGAUCAUGUGAGGGAACUUGGCCCAAUGAGGGUCAUCACUGUUUUUGGUUAA